GUCUUGGAGGAACAGAGUGGAGGCUGUGAGGUAAUAGUGCGCAAGAGGGGGUGGUGGAGAGAAAGAGAGCGCGCGCGUGUGUGUGUGAGAGAGAGACUGGAUAUAGGACAGGCAUCAAACGAAGGCUCUCCUGCAGACUGGUCGGGAUCCCUUCGGCCCCUCGGUCCUUCAGACGCAUCAGCAGAGAGUUGCUGAAGACGCUCGGCAUCACAGAGGAAGGGGGAAGAACUGAGACACUCACAGAUCCCGGGCUUGGUGGCUGCAUGCUCAGUUGUCCUCGACUUGAAGAAGAACAUCUGUACUAAGCAGGAAUCAUGGAUUUUGUAAUGAAGCAAGCUCUAGGUGGGGCCACCAAAGACAUGGGUAAGAUGUUAGGCGGGGAGGAGGAGAAGGACCCGGAUGCAGCCAAGAAGGAGGAGGAGCGACAGGAGGCGCUGAGGCAGCAGGAGGAGGAGAGGAAAGCAAAACACGCCCGCAUGGAGGCAGAGAGGGAAAAAGUACGGCAGACCAUCAGGGACAAGUAUGGGUUAAAAAAGAAGGAAGAGAAGGAGGCGGAGGAAAAAGCGGCCAUGGAGCAAGCCUGCGAGGGAUCGCUGACACGCCCGAAGAAAGCGAUCCCGCGAGGCUGCGGAGAUGAUGACGAGGAAGACGAAGAGAGCAUCCUCGACACCGUCCUCAAGUUUCUGCCUGGACCUCUACAGGACAUGUUCAAGAAGUAAAACUAAAAAACACAAAACAAAUCAAAUGAACCCUAAAAUCAGGGUCCGGUCUGGCCUGGGCCAGGCUGCGGGGCAGAGGGAUGAGGGGUUCUUUGGGUUAAUUGAAAAGACACUGAGGAAAUUAUUUGUCGGGGUUUGAGUGUAGAUUCGGGGCAUGUUGAGGUUCUUGGGAUCACAUUGAAUUUGGGAGGGAGGGGGGGUCCUCGUUAAACUGUUAGAGGCUACACACUGCCUUUGUAGAGAACCUUUACUUUGCUUUUUCUACUCUUUGAUGACCAGGUCAUUCUUCCCCUUUUCUUUACCGCAGUAGUUGUAAGACCUUUCACAUUUCUUACACCUGAGUUGUUCUGCUCUUGUUCUUACUUUCACGCCCAUUAAGAACAGACGGAGCAUGGCCAUCGUGGAGAACAGUAUUGGACGACAGUGGAUUUGCAUCCGCUUACUUUUGUGUUUAAAUGGCACUGCCAACGUGUUUUCCAGUAGACGGAGCAUGUUCUGUUCAAAUAAAUGGGUGUUUUCGACUUUUACAAACCUUGUGUAGACCUUUAUAGUACAAGAAAUCAACAUUUGAGUUUUUAGGACACGUGCCUUCAUAUCAUCUCCUCUAGCAGAGGAAUUGUAAAUGAGGGUUUCAUUUUGAGUCAACGCUGUUGGUAGCACAUAGGCACUCGUUCAAAGAUACAAGACUGGACACUUAUGGAAUAACGUAUUUGAUAUUAGGAUUUCUAGUAGGCAUAUAUUUUUGGUUGAUGAUGGUGACACUGUUCAAAGCAUCAAAACUUGUGGAAAUGCCAGAAUAAUUGCAACACAUUAAAAUUUGUAAUUCCUUUUGAGAUCAAAAGCUUCCAAAAAAAAACGGUCUGCGAAAAAUAGGACAAAAAAAAGAGAUCCCUUCUGCUUCCACCUCUAGUUUUACAAGAGCUUUUCUCUUCUGGUCAGCUCAUUAGACUGCCACUGCGUUUUGACAGAAAGGAAACCUUACAGCUUAAACAUUUUAAAAACUUAUGUCAACGUAUGAAUUUUCAUUCAUCAUAAGCUAACAAUCACUUUUUCUCGUUUAAGCUCUACAGGCUGACUUUUAGCUCAGUGCCAUCAUCAGACCAAGUCGUCAUCAUUUAGGUGGUGUGGGCGCCAUAGACAAUCAGAGCAUUGACCAAUGGGAUACUGGGGGUUGCUGGUACAUGCUUUCAUCUCCACUAGCAAUGGGUUGAUUUGGUUAUUAAGCACUUGAUUAACUGAUUGGUGUUUUUCACACUUUCUUUAACUUGCUGAAAUUGAAAUUGACUUCACAUCCCACCUGAGCUAACCUUUUCCUUCACCUUUUAAUGUACAAAUUUACCUUGACUGUCACUCAUCGACAUCCAGACCAAAGAAAUGCUGGUGAGACCUUACUAUUUCUUUCGUCACAAACAAAGACGUGCAUGCGUAACUUUUAUUUUCAAUCAUACCUGCCAGACCUGCAGAAGACGCACAGCAAGCUCGUUCAGCACGUGCAUGCUUCCCAGAGACCGUUGCUAAGCUAAAACCGAUGCUUUGUUUCUUCCUCAAAGGUAUUCCAUAAUUAAUAGGUAAUGUAACCGUAGACUGAGCCUGGGAUAACUGGUCUGUGAGUUGUUGUGUCUCACUGCCUGAAGAGCUCGCUUAUAUUCUGCAUCCUGCAUCUCUUAAUCCAACUAAUAUCAUAGUGAUUUGUCAUAUAGUGUUCAAAUAGGUGUACUGUAAAUGAAAACAAAAUCUAUUUACUAUGUGGAAAUUAAUCGAUAAAACAAAGCAUGUUGGUUAUUCUUAAAAGACCCGAUGACGUUUCAGUGGUUAGUGAUGCAACGAUGUACGGAUGGUACAUUGUUCCAUGAGUCUGUGACUUAGAACAACUUUAGGGAUUAUUAAGACCAUUGAUAAAUUUGGCAUAAACACCAUAAAACACAUUUUUCAGUUUUUUUAAUAUUAUUAUUUUUCUAGCUCAGAUAGGAAUUUUCACUAGACAAAGCCAUACUGUUUAGAUUGCAAUAAAAAUUAUAUAAAGAGAAUAUUUCAAGUUACAUGUCUCAUGUUUGUUUCCUGUAAAAAAAAAAAAAGAAAAGAAGAAGAAGCGAAAAAAAGGGAUAGUUGAAAUUUGUUUGUAAAUCCUUACCAUUCUUGUAUCUUUAAACAUGUACACAAAGAAAAUAUAUGUAGAAAAAAAAGCCAUUGUUCUGUCUCAGUGUGCGACACGUGUACUGUAAGUGUGUGUGUGUUUAUAUGUGUGCGUCUUUCUACGUGUCUGUGAUGUGAGAUCAUGUUGUUGAUCCAUAUAGUCCUGGUUUAUACCGUGUAAGUGUGUCUUUGAGCUAUUUUUGUGCCAUGUCUAAAAAGAAGAAUACUUAACACAUUCCUUUCAGAUGUUGAGCAUGCAAUGUUUGGUAGAGAAUACACCAAAAGAACCGAAAUAUGAAAAAAUACACAACUCCCUGUUUCUGUAGGAGUCUCCAGGCAACAGAAUCUGUGCAUUGUAUCCAGAUAGAUUGAACUGGAGAGUGUUGGAGAUUAUUAGCUGUCAGUAAAGAUGUGGUCAAAGAAAAACACACAAAAAAUAAAAACUGUAUUUUAUUUUAAGAAAAUGUACCACAGGGGCAUUGAAACAACAUUUAUGUAUAAAAUUCUUUGAGUCUCCUAUUUAAAAACUGAUCUAAAACUAAACUUUCACAGCCCAUUACACAGCCAUGCCAUAACAUGUGUAAGUGGGAUGAAGUUCAGAGUUUAUUCCCAGCUGUUCAUCGGCUGGACAGCUGUCCUGCAAAUACACAGAUACCUGUGCGUGUUCUCCUCUUUGUCAGCCCGUAACUGGGGAUGUGUUUACCCAUGCCAAAAACGCCACUGUCAUAUUACUACAUAUCAAGCUUACAGGACAAAUAAAAAUCUUUGUAUUCAAAUUGGCACGUGCAUGUGUGGCAUGUCUUCUACUACUGUGGGUCAUGCAUUCAGCUGGUGUUUUCCAGAAAAGACAAAGUAGGGCAAAUCAUUUGCCUGGUUAAGUCAUUUAAACUUGUGCCAGCAAGAGUAAAAAAAAUCUUUGACCUCAGCUUGAAGAAAUCAGUCCGGACAUAAAUUUAAGUGGAAUUGCAAUGACCUCAAAAGAAAAUCUUGGACUGGGGAUCAUUCUAGAGGAUGGUUUGUAGUGCAGUGGGCUUCAGUUAGGUGGCAUGAGGAACAUCAUCUUGAUAGUUUUGAUUAUUUACAUAAAAAAAUGAUUCCCACAUCACCCAAAGCCGGGCCACGUGCACCUCUGCGAGAACAGAGUAAGCCCCCCACCAUAGCGGGUAGAAUUAUGGACAUGGCUUUGGUUACUGGCCCUUCAUGGAAACUACAGCCAUACAUCCUCUGUAUGUAAAAUAGUCUCUCAGCGGGACUCAUUUCGAGGCAUCACAGCAUGUGAAUUGCCUUUGAAAAGGGCUAUUGCCAUGUCAUCUUUACGUCAGGUAAGCAGUAACUCAUCUGUCGCACCUGUGCGUGUCCGUGCGUGACGUGCUGCUGUUUGAACUCAUUCUGGUUGCAUGAUAUACACGUGUUUGUGGAGCUGUUCAGUUUAACAAAAUCCUUGGUUUCAUAGAUGAAAAUGUAAAAGCGAGGCGUUUUUUUCUUUCUUUAUUAUACACAGAAUAAUCCAGAGUGAAUGUUUUACAGGGAAUACUUGUAAAAGUCACGGUAAAAUAGAAAUAAAUGUAGGUGAAUGAGAGCAAUGAAAAUUAUACAUGAAAAGUCUCAAAUGCUUUAAAAAGCUCCAUCAAGUCCUGGCUGAUAUUUCUCUGAAACAUCUUAACUCAGAAAGAUGGAACCGUUUUUAUUGGAGACUGCGUCUGAAAACCUGGAUUAUCAAAUUCUGUUGUCAGGAGCCCAGAAACAUUAGAUAUACAUAAUAGGCUUGGAACUGCCAUUCAAAACCACAGUCCAUCACCCCCACGCCCCCCAAAAAAGGACAAAAAAAUGUUCAUCGGGUUUGGUGAUUUCUCGUGACUAUUAGAAAAUGACAGCACAAAGAAUCCAUACCGGCAGAGUCCAAAAGACAUGCCAUAGAUGUUUACAUCCUAAAUAUAUCUUUAUUAAGUGUAAUGAAUGAUAGAGAUGGAGAGAAUAUCUUAGAAUUAACCUAAACUUUAUUGUUCAAUCAACUCCGAGGCUGGACUUUGUGAAAGAUGUCAUAACAUUUGUCUUGUCUGUAACAUUUUCACAUAAGCUUAUGCAUAUGAACUGCCCUGCUGAAUCCUGCCAGUGACUGUAGAAAUGAAAGUGAAUGUGCUGUACUUAGUACUUAGUCACCGAGUUUACUUGUGACUGGUGAACUCUCAUUAGCUGUAACUGUGAACAGAAAUACAUUCCUGACUUUUUUGGCAUUUGCACUAGGAUAAGUUGAAAUGUUAUACUGGCAACUGCUAUGGCAUCUACUUUCCAUGACAGUUUACUUUACCUGCCUGCCAGCCUUCUGAAUGCUACGUUAGAAGGGCUCGAGUGAUGUUCGCCAGGUUAUUGAUUAUGUGACCUUGUUCUGGUCACCACUCAUGCUGUCUUUACUCUCUGAAAAGCAGACUCCAUCUGGAGAGAGAAUGGCGUGAUGAUCACUGGAAACUGCUGAUAAGAAAAUUUGUAAGGAACUGAAGAAAAACCUUUUUAAAAAAAAUCUCCAAAAGUCUAAACGAGAGGGUCUUUAUUUUUAAUUCAGGUUGAAUAAUGACUCAUUUCAGGGGGCAGAGGUUAAGAAUGUAAAAUAUGAGUUCUUAUGUUGUUGUUUUUUUUCUUUAAUUGCAUGUCAUAUACUCUUACGUGGAGCCCGAUCACUGUAAAACUGUCAUCUAUGGAACGAAAACAUCCUUUUUGGAAAUUUAAUGCAUAAGACUAAUAAAAACAAAGGUUUAUUAAAAAACAACAAAAAAAAC